GCGUCUGAUCUCCCCGUCCCUCCCUGCUCCCUUGGCAGUAUCGGCCCCCCCCCGGCUCAACCCAAACCAACAACCUCCUCUCCAGACGGCGGCAGCGCCUCAAGCAUGUCCGGCACCACCAUCAAUGCCAUCGCCGUGAUCGGCAAGCAAAACAACCCCAUCUACAUCCAGUCCUUCCAGGGCAGCCAUUCCGACAUCAAAUACCAUUUCCUGAGCCACACCGCCUGUGACAUUAUCGAGGAGCGGCUGACUUCAGCCGCGUUCACCAAGAGCUCGGACCUCUAUCUGGGGCUGCUGCAUUCGAUGGAGGACCUCGCUGUCUAUGGGUAUAUGACCAACACACGCAUCAAGAUCGUUGUCAUCAUCACGCUGACCGACACCGCCGUCAAGGACGCCGAGAUGAAGAACGUUCUCCGCAAGAUUCACACGGCCUAUGUCAAUCUGGUAUCGAACCCGUUCUACGACCCCGAGGGUCCAAACGGCAUCUGCUCCAAAUCCUUCAACACUGCCAUCAACGAGAUUGCCGGCAUCGCCGCCGUCUGAGAUUUCCCCCUCCCUCAAGCGCACCAGUUCUGGAUCUCGAAUACACACGUUUUUGCCCUGGAGCCAAGAACGCCGACAUCCAUCGACUCCAUGUGCGGUACCUCCACCAGAUGCAGCUGGCACAUAGUCCACUCGAAUGCCCCAGUGCCU